GAGGCCUUCCGCUUCCUCUUGCAGAUCAGCUGACUCUGAUGCUGCUGUCAGGAGACCUCACCAACUGUAUUGAAUGGCAACUAUGAACAUUAUCAAGCCGUAGAAACGCUAUUACCAGCUCUAUUUUUCUAGUUUACGGACAAAUUUUGUAUUCACAGUUUCCUCUCAGCUGCACCAGAGCUGUGACCAUGACAGAGUUUUGGUUGAUCUCUGCCCCUGGUGAGAAGACCUGCCAGCAAACAUGGGACAAAAUGAUGGCAGCCACCACACGUACCAACAACCUCUCCACCAACCACAAGUUCAACAUCCCAGAUCUCAAGGUGGGAACACUAGAUGUCUUGGUUGGGCUGUCGGAUGAACUGGCCAAAUUAGAUUCCUUUGUUGAAAGUGUGGUGAAGAAGGUUGCUCAGUACAUGGCCGAUGUGCUGGAGGACAGCAGAGACAAAGUGCAGGAGAACCUGCUGGCCAACGGAGUUGAUCUUGUCACCUACAUCACAAGAUUUCAAUGGGACAUGGCAAAAUAUCCCAUCAAACAGUCACUUAAAAACAUCUCUGAAAUCAUCUCAAAGCAAGUAACCCAGAUUGACAACGACUUGAAGACCCGGGCAUCAGCUUACAACAACCUGAAAGGAAACCUGCAAAACUUAGAGAGGAAGAAUGCGGGGAGCCUGCUGACCAGGAGCCUUGCUGACAUUGUCAAGAAGGAAGACUUUGUACUUGAUUCAGAGUACCUCAUCACUCUGCUGGUAGUUGUACCAAAGACGGCAUACGCUGACUGGCAGAAAACAUAUGAAACACUGGCUGAGAUGGUGGUGCCCCGAUCCUCAAAUCUGCUGUUUGAAGACAAUGACAGUGGACUGUUUAGUGUCACCCUAUUUAUGAAAGCUAUUGAUGACUUCAAGCACAAAGCCAGAGAGAACAAGUUCACAGUCAGAGACUUCCAGUACAACGAAGAGGAGAUGAAGGCAGACAAAGAGGAGAUGACACGGCUCUCCACAGAUAAGAAGAAGCAGUUUGGCCCUCUCGUACGAUGGCUGAAAGUGAACUUCAGUGAGGCCUUCAUCGCAUGGAUCCACAUUAAAGCACUAAGGGUGUUUGUGGAAUCUGUUCUAAGGUACGGGCUGCCGGUGAACUUUCAGGCCAUGCUCCUGCAGCCAAGCAAAAAGACCAUGAAGAAGCUGAGGGAGGUGCUCAAUGACCUGUACAAACAUCUGGACAGCAGCGCAGCAGCAAUCAUUGACUCUGCGAUGGAUAUCCCAGGGCUGAACCUGAGCCAACAGGAGUAUUAUCCUUAUGUCUACUACAAGAUCGACUGCAACCUGUUGGACUUUAAAGUUUAACAUUUUCCACAUUUUCUUUAUAUUGAGUGUUGGUACACGCCCCCCCCAUUCCCCUGUCCCCACUGUCAGUCUCCACACCGCCGCCUCUCCUCAUCAGCUGGCGAAUCACGAUGCUGCAUGUUCAUUCCUUGUGGUGAAAAUACUCAUCAGCAAGCUUCUGCCACUUUUAUAACCAAGGGACAAAAAAACCUUUUAAAAAUUGUUUUUGUUUACAUCUUUUCUUUUCUUUUCUUUUCUUUUCUUUUCAUGUCACACAGAUGAGUAACCUUUUUUUUUUUUUUUAAAUGUGAACUGGAUCAAGGUAUCUUACUGGAGAGUUGCAUUUUACUGUCAUUCCGCAUGUGCUGGUGUGUAUUGAUAGCUGCAUCUUAUGUGUCGGUGUUCAGAGAUUUGUGUUUACAUAUGGGAAAUGGUAUCACUGUACCCAUGGCAACCAGAUCUGGUGCGUGUUUCUGAGAUUGUCGGCUCACCUGUGCAGACGUCGUGCAACAGAGGUGUUAAAUGAAUGUGCGUUGUCUUAUGUUGUGUAUAUUUGCUGUCAUAAAGAGAUCUGUAUCAGAGUAUCAUGUAAACCAUUGAUUGAAUAAAUAUGAUUGGUGAAUACAUCA